AUGGCGAGUUCACAAGUCAUCAGUUCCUUUCCACGCUUUACGGACCUUCCGGCAGAGAUACGAAUCAUGAUAUGGCGUGAAUGUUUACCAUAUCGGGUUCACGAGCUGGAUUCCGACGAUUUUUACGAGACAGGCCUAGGUACAGGCCUAGGAGAAUUUCCACUUGUGUGUGGUCUUCUAAAGACCACGGAAAUGAAUCAUAGGCCACCGGCCAUCUCCCGCGUAUGUCGCGAGUCUCGCGUUGUGGCUUUCGAAAAUCGUGUUAGGCUCCCGUACGCAGAAUUGCCUGAAGAAGCUUUCUGGGCUUCUCCUACAAGGCUUGAUGGAAUGAUAGAUCCGUCCCGAGACACUGUCCACCUUAAUUGGGUGCCUUGGGAUGAAAUAUUGGAAGACGAGGGAAAUUAUAUGCAGUAUCUUGCCUGGCAUGCUGCUAAUUCGCGUGGUGGGUCUCUGUGGUAUGGUAGUAUUUUUGAAGAUCAGAGUCCAUUUCUAGAAUCCAUAUCUAACCUCGUGAUCAUCAUGAGAAAGAUCAUAAUACACGCUACCUCUGAAUAUGGCGCAAGAACGGGCCUUUUCGGACUGUUAGGGGAUGCAACAGUUCAACUUGUUGACCUUUCUGAUGAAAAGAGACUCAAAGCCUACUUUGAUCUAGCGGAGGAAACCCAGAAGAAGGGCCAUGUCACAUUUGCCCAAGACUUGCACAGAAAGCCCUGCGAGGUUCUUGAAGAGGAGUUCAAACGAAUAAUGUCUCAUAAAUGCAGCUUACUUGGCCGAGAACAGCUGCCGCCCAUGCGUGGCGCGAUCAUGUUCAGACUAUGCACUGAUAUGUGCAACAAUUCAGAGGACGCUGAAGCAGGCUUCCGUCCAUUGCCUGGAACCACAUAUAUUCCACCAGAUCGAACACAAUGGCGAGGAGCGCGAGGGGCGCGAGGGGGGCGAGGGGGACGCGGAGGACGAAUCAAGCCUCCUUAUCGGAUUAGGGGCCGACUCCGAAACAAGAUUGUUGCUUAG